AUGGGGUCGGCGCGAGGCCCUGCAUUUUGUAAUCUUCUGAGGUCGAUCUCCUGGGUGCGAUUGCGAAAGCAUGCUGUGGGCUCCCUGAACAGACAACCUAGGUUUAGAAUCCUUAAAGGGUCAUCCGAGGCGGAGCAUAGAGGGGACGAAGCGCAUCUACCAAGGCUGCACAAUGAGCCCGUGGGCUUCUUCCUGAAGGAGCGCUUCACCUUCGCCUAUUACAACCUCAGCGACGGCAUCACGCUGACCCUUUCUCAGCGCAAGCGUGCCGGCAGCAAGUUUCGCCGUGACCACACGGUCAUGCCCAAGCGGCCAAAGGCCCCACCUCCUGAGAAGAAGCCCGAGCCGGCCCCAGGUGCAAAGGCAGGGCUCCCAUCUCUCCCUGGCCUCCCCGAGCUUCCCAAGCUUCCCAGCUUGCCUGGUUUGCCCGGGAUGCCGGGCAUGCCGGGUAUGCCCGGCCUUCCUGGAAUGCCAGGAGCAGGACAGACAG